UUGAUGUUGUACAGGCACUCCAUUUCUGAUCGCUUCAAGCUAUAGGGAUUUAAUCAAGAAAGAAAACACCAGACUGUUAUAUCACUCUAAAUUCCAAAGCUGUGUUAAUCUUUCACGUGUCUUUAGCUAUUUACACUAUUCAUCUGGUGAGCUAGCUACAGUACACCUCGAACUCUGAUUGUUAUUAUCCCGACUUGCAUGAAAUGGCGACCAAACCCGACAAUCGCAUGUCAGUGCUGAUCACGGGAUGCUCUCUCGGUGGAAUUGGAAACUCGCUCGCGCGUGAGUUUCAUCGGAACGGAUUGCGGGUUUUUGCCACAGCUCGCGAUGCAAAAACGAUUGAAGAUUUGGAGACCCUCGGUAUCGAGACGCUGAGUCUUGUCGUGGAUGACGAAGAGAGUGUGCGAUCAUGCUAUGUUGAAGUCGAAAGCAGACUUGGGGAGAAAGGGCUGGAUUAUUUGGUAAACAAUGCAGGUCGAAACUACACUGUCCCUGCCAUGGAAGUAGACCUGUCCGAGGCACGCUUAACGUUUGAAACCAACUUCAUUUCAGUCAUUUCUAUGUGCAAAACCUUUCUGCCGCUGCUAAUCAAAGCAAAAGGGACUAUUGUACAGAUUGGGUCCAUUGCUGGGGUUAUUCCCUACGUAUUCGGAUCAGUCUACAAUGCUUCAAAGGCGGCUUUACACUCCUUCAGUGAGUGCUUGAGAGUCGAACUAGCUCCCUUCGGUGUGAACGUUACUACUGUUGUCACUGGCGGUGUGAAAUCUCGCAUCGCCCGCACAGACCGUCGACUGGUACCCAAUUCCAUGUAUGCCCCGAUUGAAGAUGAAUAUAAUCGUCGGGUAAAGCACAGCCAGGAUGGUGCUAUGCCACAUGCCGCAUAUGCGCAAAGUGUUGUGACGCAAGUCUUGUAUGGGCCUGCCCCAUGGCGUUGGUUGUGGCCGUGGGCACGAGGCCGGAAGUAUUGGAUCUUCGAGGGCAAUAAGAGUUGGUUGGUUUGGCUCCUAUCUGGAGGCUGGGCUUGGAAUGGAUUUUUCGGCCACAUAGUUUCCAGGAUGUUCAAGCUGAACAUGUUGAGAAAGACGCAGGGGAAAUAAGUACGCUAUUUUCUAAUUCUUAUGGAUGCAUCGUCUAUGAAUAAAUGCGCUAUAAUAGAGGACCUCAUUAACAACAAUUCUUUCGUUUGGCCUCUUCGUGUCGUGUCGUGUUGUUUCCCUUUUGGCGCAGGGUAAUUUGAUAGUUGAGGGAUAUCUUUAUAUUCGUCUGAUGAAACAAUUCAAAUGAAGUCUCAGCGCUGAGAUAUUCAAAUUUCGACCACUUUAUUGAAUUGUUUGGGUGAUGGGAAAGGACUGCGUUUGCAUUAGUUGUAGGUUUGUGUCUGACCGUUAGCAAUAAAUAAUAAUGAAGAAGCAACGGAAAUUAUUGCAUUCUAGUGGGACAUGGCGUUUCCUAGAUUCAAUCAAUGCACCUCCCCAUAAUUAUAUGCCUCACCAACCCCGACUCACCGGGCC